AUGGCAAACCCUGAAACAUUACCUGAGGACACAGAUUUUGGUGAUUUCGUGAAGGAUGAAGAUGAAGAAAUUGAUCUCGGGGAGCUCGUCGAGCCAUGGCAUAGGUAUGACGCAAAGGAUAACGAAAAUCCACUCUAUCCCAUUUAUCUUGGGGAAGUGCUCAACGAGAGGUACCUGGUUGAACAUAAACUUGGCUUUGGCGGGGGUUCAACUGUCUGGAUGGCAUUUGACAUUAAGGACAAGAGAGACGUCGCCCUCAAAGUCAUGGCCCUAGGGAAAUGGGGCGACAACGAAACUCGAAUCCAGGAUGAGAUUAUCAAAACGGUACAGGAUACUUCUCGCCUGGUUAUAUAUACCGCGACUUUCUUUCUAUCCCGAGACGAUGGAAGUCAUCAUAGGGUCUUGGUCUUCCCUAUUAAAGGGCCAUCUAUCUGCACUUACACCAUAAAAAGGACUCCUAUGGCAUCUCGAAUGUCUGCUGCUCGACAAUUACUGGAGACUGUGGCAAGUUUGCACAAAGCUGGAAUCAUACAUCGCGGUGAGUUAAGAUUAACAUUCUCUUAUAUUGUUUCCUUAUACACUAAGAAGAAUGCUACAGAUCUAAAUGCAAGAAACUGCAUGUGGGGAAUGGCUCCUAUCGAUGGGCUUAGCAGAAGCGCUAAGUAUGAAUUACUAGGUUGGCCAUUACGGCAGACAAUACCAUUCGUCGAUCUCUGGGAAAAGGGCGAACUUGUUAGCCCUGUCAAGGCUCAAAACCUUCGCACAGAUGAAUUCUACCUCUGCGACUUUGGUUUAGCAAAGAAGAUUGACGACCUCACCACUCAAUGCGGCUAUCCACCUAAGCAUUAUUGCUCUCCGGAUCGACUCCAUAACCACGAGCCAAGUUUUGCUUGCGAUAUGUGGAGCUAUAUGGCUAUUUUCUCUCUGCUCUAUCUUACAUUUCCUCCGUUCCCGGCAUUUCUCGAUGGUGGAAUUGUGAGUGGUAUGGUUGAAUGCUUAGGUCCAUUACCUGAGAAGUGGAAAGAUCUCUACACGCACCGCGGCAGACUUGAUUCAUGGUAUGAUCAGUCUGGGUCUCCUGAUCCACAGCGCGACCUUGCUGCGAAACUUGCAUAUUUUCGUCCCGACGCUGAUAUAGUCGAGCGGCAACAUGUGCAAUCCAUCAUGUCGAAAGUUUUUACCUAA